AUGGCGAUUAGGUUGGAUAACCUAGAGAUUCACAUAAACCGGUUCCCACGGUUUCUGGGUCACCAUCAAGUUCGUUCCUUUCAGCGGUUUUCGCCCCAUUCUACAGUUCUAGGUCUUGAACCUGUUAAAGGGUCGAGGUUGAUAGCGCUAGAGUUCAAGUGGGGCGUGGAAAAGGGAAAGGGGUCGCAUUAUCAAGUUGGUGGGUUGUUUAUGGAUGGCAUUGAUGAUUUAGGGUCAAAAUGGUUUGGAUAUAUGAGGCAUUGGAUCGAUGAGGCUUUGGUGAUGGAGGAUAUAGGCUUGUUCAAGCAGUGUUGGCAAUGGUUUCGGUUGCAGAAGGACGCUGGCUGGCGUGCUCGAACCGUUGUGACUUGUUGCCGGGACAGGAUUGCUAUGUUCAUUGACCGGCAUUGGCCUAUGGUGUGCCGGGGUUGCUCCAGAUUUGGGAGCUUACUGAGGUUGUCAUUGAUUUUCUGGAAGGACUCUGCUGUGAGGGGCUUUCAGUCCUUCAUUAGGUUUGGUCCAGUGAUGCUUCUGCUUAUAAUGUGGAGCUGCUUUCUUAGUCUGACUUCGAUGUAUUGUUUGGUAUACGUGCUUGUUAGUAUGGGUAUUGCUGGAGUUGCUGUCCAAUACUUGGGGUAUACUCCUGGGCUUUUUAUUGUCGGCCUUUUUGCCAUCCUUAUUUUGUGGAUGUAUGCUAACUUUUGGAUAACUGGAACAUUACUUAUAGUAGGAGGUUAUUUAUUCUCCCUAAAUCAUGCACGUUUGGUGGUAUUAGUCGGAACUAUAUAUGCUAUAUAUUGUGUUCAAGUACGAGUUGGAUGGCUGGGUGUUUUUCUUGCCCUAAACCUUGCAUUCCUCUCUAAUGAUGUUUUGAAUUUUCUGCUCCAAUGGUUUGAUAAUGUGAGUGAAAGUUCACAUUCUGAAGAGCAGAAGCAAUCGGAACCAGUUGUAGAAGAUGAUUUCUCUGAAGAGUGUGAAUAUCCUAUCCCUACUGAUGAAUCUGAGAAUUUGCAGUCAUGUAAAUCUUCCAGUAAACCUGCUGUUACCACAGCAGUUGUUGAUAACAAGAAAGAACUUUCUGUUAACAAAGUUGUCACAGAACAAGCAACAACAAACUCAAUUGAUGAAAUGAAAAGGAUAUUGAAGAGUCUGAAUCAUUAUGAUGCCCUUGGAUUUAGCCGCCACAAGAAGAUUGAUGCAGCAGUUUUGAAAAAGGAAUACAGGAAAAAGGCUAUGCUGGUGCAUCCUGAUAAAAAUAUGGGCAGUCCUUUGGCAAGUGAGUCAUUUAAGAAGCUUCAAUGUGCAUAUGAGGUUCUUUCAGACUCUGUGAAGAAACGAGAUUAUGAUGAGAAAUUAAGAAAAGAAGAAUCCAUGGCUAAAAGUGUCUGCCAGAGAUCUCAUAGUAGUUCACAUCAGGAUAAUGCUGAUUAUCGAUCCGAAGAGUCCAGACGAAUACAGUGCACCAAGUGUGGGAAUUCACAUAUUUGGGUAUGUACCAACAGGACUAAGGCCAAAGCAAGAUGGUGUCAGGACUGCUGUCAGUUUCAUCAAGCCAAGGAUGGAGAUGGAUGGGUUGAAUAUAAAGGGUCUUUGGUAUUUGACAGGCCUCAAAAGGUGGAGAUUCCACGAGCUUUUGUUUGUGCUGAAAGCAAAAUUUUUGAUGUGUCAGAAUGGGCUAUAUGUCAGGGAAUGGCUUGCAGGCCAAAUACCCAUCGACCGAGUUUCCAUGUCAACAUGGUUGGCUUGGAGAAAAGCCAGCGGUGCAACUCGAGUCGUUUCCCGUGGGAUUUUGACGCCGAAAUGAUGGAUGAAGAUGAAGAGGCCUUUGACCUGUGGCUUGAGCAGGCCCUGGCAUCCGGUCUCUUCUGUGAGACCUCCAAGCGCAGGAAGAGUUGGAGUCCAUUCAAGUUGCAUCAAAAGAAAGGGAAGAAGCAAUGGCGAAGAACGUCAUGUUAA